GAGAAAUGCAGCUUGUGGUGGCCUUGUUCAUCCGGAGAGCAAUGCCUUUGGCCAUAGCUUCAGGUUUAACGCUCAGUUUCAAUUUGAUAGCUAGUACAUUUUCCGUUUAUACAAUCUCCGGAUGACUUAUGGAGAAAUGCCUGUCUCAAUCGUUCCUAGGGACUAUGAGAAGGAAAGCUUGAGAAGAGAGAUCGUCCUGGAAAUUUACAGAAAGAAUCACAUCAAUCCAACCUAUGAAUUUGCUAAGAAGAAGAAAGAGGAGUACGAGAAACUUGACAAGGCAGUGAUGAGCAUCUGGGAAUGCUGCGAGCUACUCAACGAAUUCGUUGACGAGAGUGACCCCGAUCUCGACGAGCCUCAACUCGAGCACCUCCUCCAGAGUGCCGAGGCCAUCCAGAAGGACUACCCUGACGACGACUGGCUCCAUCUCACAGCCCUCAUCGACGAUUUGGGGAAAGUUCUGCUGCAUCCCUCAUUCGGUGCUCAGCCACAAUGGGCUGUCGUUGGUGACACGUUUCCUCUCGGAUAUGCUCUUGACGAGGCCAUUGUGCACCACCAUUUUUUCAAGGAAAAUCCGGACUAUCAGAACCCAGCACUCAACACAGAGUUGGGCGUCUACACGGAGAACUCUGGGCCUGAUAAUGUUACUAUGUCAUGGGGCCAUGAUGAAUAUAUGUAUCUGGUUGCCAAGGGUAACAACGCCACUCUCCCACCAGCUGGUCUCUUUAUCAUCAGGUUCCAUUCCUUCUAUGCCCUACACCGAUCUGGAUCUUAUACUUACCUGAUGAAUGAUGAGGACAAGGAGAUGAUGACGUGGCUCGAAGUCAAAUAUGACCUGUAUAGCAAAAGCAAGGAGCCAUACUAUCCCUACCUCAUCCAGAAGCACUUCCCUGAGAAACUCAAGCCGUGAAAGAAAAGGCCAAGGAAAUAAAGCUCUGUAGCAAUUCCAGUAUCUGUGCAUAGAGUGGUUUUUCAUGCCAUCAUUUGCAUCUUUACAUCGUCUAGUUUAAUGAAAGUAUGCGCUCUUGUUUGUCCUUGUUGUAAGUGUGGAAUAACAUGUAAUCCUUAUCCAGGCAUAGCCUGAUCGAGUUAUGUAACCCUCCCUUUGUUACUUUUAUGAAAAACCUUUAAAUCCUUAAUUGAGUA